GUCUGGGAACUUAGCUAGCUAGUGUGGGCCGUGGGAAUCAGAUGUAUGGGUCCAAGACUCUUGAGAGGGCAGGGUUAUAUCUGGAACCGCCUUGGGUGGGGUGCAGUUAGCUUGGGAAGAUAAGCUACUGGUCCGCCAGCGAGGAAGGAGUUAAGUAGUGCCACUGUCAUCUGAGCAGGCAUCGAAUUACCUGGGUCCAGGUUUCGCUUGGAAGGAGGUGGAGCUGAGCCUGCCCCUGGGCCUCCAGCUGCCACAGGCCUUGGUGAGUCCUACUGUGGAGGUGUGGGUGGACACCACUGGCUAGGAAAAGGGCUCCUACAGAUUAUCCCCCACCUCCAGCUAUGGCCCUGCCCCCACCUCUGGACCCUAGACCCCCCUCAGAACCCCUCAACCACCCCCCUGGAGCUCCUAGGGAAGUGGACAUUGCCAGAUGCACCAUCUGCCCUGCUUCUGGAGAGGAAAUAAUCAGGCCAGAACACUCCCAGAAACUGGGGCAGGACUCCUUGGACCCUCCCGAGCACUUCCAGGGUGGGCUGAGGGACACUGAGCCUACUGCUGGUCACCCCAGAUUGCCAACACCCUCUUCCCAUGAGGACCCGGCUGUGAGCAAACACCGUGAGAGCCCCAUCUCUGGCUGGGAGGUAUUGGAGGCUGAGCAGGACAACCUGCACCUUUGCUUGCUGGGCCUGCGUCUCCAGCUGCAGGACCUAGAGCGAGGCCCGGGGCCUUGGACAUCAGCCCAGAGCGGGAUGGUCCAGCUGCAGACCCUACAGGCAGACCUACGUGGGGCAGCUGAGAGAGUGGAUGCACUGCUGGCGUUUGGUGAGGGGCUGGCACAGCGGAGUGAGCCUCAGGCCCGGGCAUCUCUGCAGCAGGUCCUGAGGGCAUUCAGAGCCCACCGAGACAGCAUCUUCCGGCGGCUGUGGCAGCUGCAGGCCCAGCUGGUCAGCUACAGCCUGGUGUUUGAGGAGGCCAAUACACUGGACCAGGAUUUAGAGGUCGAGGGGGACUCGGACUGGCCAGCACCUGGUGGGGUCUGGGGACACUGGGCACCCAGUAGCCUCCCCACUCCCGCAGAAUUGGAGUGGGACCCAGCAGGGGACGUUGGGGGCCUCGAGCCAUUGGGGCAAAAGACAGCCUGGACACCAGGGACUCCCUGUGAGCUAUGUGGCCACAGGGGCCCCCAAAGCAGGGGACAAGGCCUUGAGGUAAGAGCAGGACCCCACACCUCUCUCCCCCCACAGGACAUACUUAUGUCGGGUUUCAGCCACCAGAAACACUUAGCAGGUCACCGAAGGCGCUCCCUGCUCCGGAAGUCUCAGGACAAGAAGAGGCAAGCAUCUUCCAAUCUCCAGGAUGUGAUGCUGGAGGUAGAUUCUGGAGCCCCCGCUCCUGCACCCAGACGGCCCCUGACCUUCCUCCUCCUCCUCCUUCUCCUCUUCCUUCUCCUGGUGGGUGCCACAUUGCUCCUGCCCCAGUCAGGGGGCCCCUGCUGCUCUCCCGUCCGACUGGCCAGGACACCUUACCUGGUACUCAGCUAUGUCAAUGGUCCCCCCCCAAUCUGAGUACACAGCCCAGACAUAUGUAAUAAAUGGUAACUGUCGAAGGAUGUGUCUUGGGCUGCUAUCACAAAAUAACAUAGCAGGGGUGGCUUAUACACAACAGAAAUAUAUUUUUCACAGUUCUGCAUCCUGAAAAGUCCAAGAUCAAGGUGCUGGCUGAUUCAGUGUCUGCUGAGGGGUUGCUUCCUUGUUCAUAGACAGCCAUCUUCUUGCUGUCUCCUCACAUCGAAGAAGGGGCAGGGAGCUUUCUGGGGUCUCAAAAGAGAUGAAGGGCACUAAUCAUUUCCAUGAGGGCUCCGCCCUCAUCACCUAACCAUCUUCCAAAGAUUCCUCUUUCUAAUACCAUCACGAUUAGGAUUUCAACAUCAGAAUUUUGAGAGGACACAAGCAGGAUGGACGAGGCUAUUGGGUGCUUGAGUACUCAGAAUCUGGGAUAGAGCCCUGAUAUAUCUGGAGAGCUCCCUCCACAGAUCCCUUUGCCUUGCGCCUGGAACACAGAAAUGACAGUCCAUCACACCCUGAGACAAAAAUUCAAGCACAGGGGCCAGCCCAGUGGCUUAGGCGGUUGGAGCUCCGUGCU